AUGUCUAAGAAGUCCACGCAGGAAUGCGAGGACACAACCGAUCCCGCCGACGACGGCGAUAUCUGCGGGCUCGUCGGUAAAGUAGGACGAUGGCACGUGAUAAUUCUGGCGGUGAUUUUCAUCAACUCGCUGUUCAAUUCAUUCGGUCAGCUGUCGAUGGCCUUUAUGCUGCCGAACGUGAACUACACGUGCGCCCGAAGCAAGGAAUCGCUCGAGUUCGGGAUGUCGCAGCCCGCGUGGGCCAAAGCGACCCAGCACGACUUCCCUGAGCUCGCCUCGAAAAUGGGUGGUCACUGCUUCCGGCGGAAUCUGGACUUCAACCUGGAGACGAGAUUCGACGAGGCGAGUCGAGAGGAAAUCGUCAAAUGCGACUCGUGGGAUUUCGAUAAAUCCGUGCACAGAGCGACCAUAGUGGAACAAUGGCAACUAAUGUGCGAUAACGACUAUCUGCGACCAUUCCCCCAAGCGGUCGCGAUGGCAGGACUCAUUGUGGGGAAUGUUCUAGUGAGCCACUUCUCGGAUCGUUUCGGACGUCGACUGUCCGUACUGUGCGGAAUCUGUCUCUGUGCGAUAGCCGGUCUCACAGCGACCACGGCAACGAGCUUCAUCGUGUUCAACGCUGGGCGCUUUCUGUCGUCGAUCUCGAAAAUCGGAAUUAAUGCCGCGAUUGUGAUAUUCUUAGAAACGACCGAUGCUUCGAAUCGAUGGAUGUUCUCGAUGCUGAGUGGAUGCGGUUACCAUCUCGGCAUGUUACUUCUUUCCGUGACGGCUUACCACGCGAGGUCGUGGCGGGUUCUCCAGGCAGUAAUCGCUGCCCCAUGCGUGACAAUACUACCUUUCUUGUACUUCGUGCGUGAAUCACCCCGAUGGCUAUUGUCGAAGAAAAGGACCGAUGAUGGGAUCGACGUAAUUAAACGCAUCGCGAAAAUUAAUGGCGUCCCGCAAGCCGAGAUCGAUGCUCGCAUCCCCGCGAUCCGCUCGCGCUACAGCGGUUUGCGUGAUUCGAACCACAAAAGCGCUAUCGAUCUCUUCAGGGCUUCGGGAGGAAAGGAGAACAUGUCCGCCAACACGUUGAUCAUGUGGUACCUGUGUUUUUCUUUCGGUCUCCUGUUCUACUCGUCGAUUUUCAUCAGCACCUCGUUGGGAACUCAUCCCCACAUCUCUUUCGUCAUUCCCGUGGUGGGCGAGCUCUUCGCUGUCGUUCUAGUGGCGUGUGGCGUCCGUUUUCUGAAACGCCGACUGAUAGUCUGCGUCACGGGCCUGCUCGGAGGAAUAGGUUUCCUGCUUCUGGGCUUCACGGAUCAAAUUUUCUCGGAUCACAGCUUCAGGGUCGUGCUGAGAAUGGGCUCGGUCAUCCUCAUUAGGUCGUCGAGCGCUGCCUUCACCCAACUCUACCCGGUGUACAGUGCGGAGCUGUACCAGACUCCCUUACGGAAUAUGGGGAUCGGAUUCUGCGACCUCAUGUUCCGGCUCGCUUCAACGGUGGAUCCCUUCGGCAGAUACUGGCUGCCCAGAAUACACGAACGACUCCUGCCAGUGCUCUACGCGUUCCUGGGAUUUACGGCCGCUUUGCUCUCGUUGCGUUUGCCGGAGACUCUAAAUAAGGAUUUGGAAGACGGAGUUUUUUCGCGUCUGUCUGCCGGCGUGGAGAGGAUCCGACGGAGCCUACGGAAACGGGCGAGUAUCUUCUCGAUCGGCUCAACGGAAACUGGGGACCUCAAGAAGAAAACGUCCUCGCCUACCGAGCAGCUUAGGUUGUGA